AUGGAUGACGACCUCCAAUUCCCCUUUUUUUCUUCUUAUUCUAUAUAUAGAAUUACAAACCAUACAUACAAAUGGCAUCCUUACACAACAUCUGCACUUCGAAGAACCGCUAGUUUAUACUUCAUCACCGUCCAAUUCGAAUCCGAAUUCGCCGUUUCUACUUCUUCUACCUGUUCUUCGUCGUGUUGCCAGGGAUUUUCCAACUGUUUUGUUUUAUUGAUCAAGAGGAAAGACGUUGCAAACUUUUUGGUGGAAAUUAUCAAGGGCAUAAACAGCCUUUGGAAACAUCAUAUCCAUAGAGCUCAAGCUAUGACCAUAACUAAGGGGAAUAUUGCAUCUUCAAGGUGUGCCAAUGGUGUAAAAGAUGAGCCAGAUCAUCUUCUUGUCCUUGUUCAUGGAAUUUAUGCGAGCCCCAGUGACUGGAGAUACGUAGAAGCAGAGCUAAAACGAAGUUUAGGGAGACACUUUUUGAUUUAUGCAAGUUCAUCCAACACUUACUCUAAAACCCUUGCUGGAAUUGAUGGGGCUGGAAAAAGGUUGGCGGAUGAAGUCAAGCAAAUUGUGAAGAGUACAGAGGGCCUUAAGAGGAUAUCAUUUUUAGCCCAUUCACUUGGUGGUUUAAUUGCGAGACAUGCAGCUGGUGUUCUUUAUACCCGUAAUGCCUCAAGUACAGAUAAAUCUGAUUAUAGAAAAGAUUCUACAUUGAAUGCUUCAUGUAAUGGAACGAUCGCUGGAUUGGAGGCAAUCAAUUUUAUAACCUUGGCAACACCUCAUUUGGGAGUUAGAGGGAACAAGCAGCUUCCAUUUCUUCUGGGUGUUCCCAUCUUAGAGAAAAUUGCCGCCCCAAUUGCUCCCAUCUUUGUUGGACGAACUGGUAGUCAGCUGUUCCUCACUGAUGGUAAACCCAACAAACCACCUCUGCUUUUGAGAAUGACAACAGAUUGUGAAGAGGGAAAUUUUUUAUCUGCCCUUGGUGCAUUUAGAUACCGUAUUUUGUAUGCCAAUGCCUCCUAUGAUCAUUUGGUUGGUCGGCGGACAUCCUCAAUCAGAAGGGAGUCUGAGCUCGUUAAGCCCCCUUUGGAAUCAUUGGAUGGCUAUAAACAUGUUGUAGAUGUGGAGAUAUGCCCUCCGGUAUUAUCUGCAGGUUCCAAGUUUCCUCCUGAAGCAGCAAGAGCAAAAGAAGCAGCCCAAACUGUACCUAAUACCCAAAAUACAGCUGAAUAUCAUGAAAUCAUGGAAGAGGAAAUGAUUCGCGGGUUACAACAGUUGGGAUGGAAAAAAGUCGAUGUCAGUUUCCACACCUCAUUUUGGCCCUUCUUCGCUCAUAACAACAUCCAUGUGAAAGAUGAAUGGUUCCAUAAAGCUGGAGCUGGAGUAGUUUCUCAUGUUGCUGAUAGCAUUAAGCAGCAAGAAAAGCAACAUCAAUCUGCUUCAUUCAUCUCUGCGAAUUUGUAGCUAUGGAAGUGUAUGUGAAUGUUUGAAUCAUACCAUUCAUGCGAUAUAUGUGCAUAUACAUAUUACAAUGUAUAUGUAUGUAUGUAUGUGUAUCGAGUUUUUCAUAUAUGACUGUCUCUCUUCAACACACCUUUCACAAGAACGGGUUUUCACGGGAACAUUUGAGGGCAGCAUAUAUUUUACCGCAUACCUAGGGAUGUUAACGAUUCGAGCCAUUCAAGCAUACGCUUAUUCGAGCCAAACAUGUUAAUGUAUCCAUAAAUUAUACGACCAAAAUAUAUAAAUUAUCAAGUUCUCGA